GAGGAGGAGGAGGCGCGCUGCUGCUAUUUUGUCCUCCCGAAAUGGGCAAUUCGGUCAGCAGCAGGCUGUGUGGCUCGGACACGGGCAUCUUUCGCCGCUUCCACAUCGAGGAGGAUGUCAAGCUCGGCUCCGGCGGCUUUGGCACCACCUUCCGCGCGCUCGACAAGCAGACAAAGACGUACGUCGCCGCCAAGUGCGUCUCUCUCAAAAAGAUGAACCUGGAGCGGAUCGAGCGCGAGGUUGCGAUCACGAAGCACGCGAGCCACGAGCACGUGAUCGCCGUGUACGGCGCGGCGCGCCGCCGCGACGAGUACGUCAUCUUCCUCGAGCUUUGCACCGAGGAGCUCUUUGCGCUGGUGGAGCGGAGACACACGCUCACCGAGAAGGAGUGCAAGCGCUUCAUGUGGCAGCUGCUCGGCGCUGUCGACCACAUGCACGGAAUGGGCGUGCUGCACCGCGACCUCAAGCUCGAGAACCUCAUGCUCACCUCCGACCUCUCCCUCCGCGUGAUCGACUUUGGGCUCGCGCACCAGUACCAGCCGCUCGGCGAGCGCGCAAACAGCACCGCGGCCGCGUACAAGGUGGAGAUGCUCUACCAUUGCUGCGGCUCGCGCUCCUACUGCGCGCCGGAGGUGCUCUCCCAGGCGGGGUACGCCUUUGGUGCCGACGUGUGGUCGUGCGGCGUCGCCCUCUUUGCGAUGCUGCUCGGCUUCUUCCCGCUCGAGGAGGCGUCGCACGCGGACUGGAGGUACGACAAGCUCAAGCGCGCGCAGCAGGACGGCAAGUGCACCGUCUCGACGGUGCUGCAGUGGUACGGCAAGCAGCACCGCCUGACGGACGAGGCGCUCAACCUCCUCGACGGCAUGCUCGCCAUCGACCAGGCUGAGCGCCUCUCGCCCGCCGCCAUCCUGCAGCACGCGUGGUUCGACUCGGCGGCGCCGCAGCGCGCGGCGCGCUCGCCCGCGUACCGGACGCGAGGCCGCGCCGCGCCCGCCGAGGAGUCGGACACGAUCGUGCCCGGCGAGAAGGGCGGCGCUGGCCAGACGUGGGUUGGAUACGGCGCGGGCACGGCGGCGCGGCUGCUGACCUCUCUCACGGGCGUCGACUUCAAGGCUGGAGGCAUGGGCGCAAAGGGCGGCGACGGGAAGCGCAAGCCGGUGUACCGCGCCGCCGAGGUGGACGCGAUGCUCUCCGAGGUGCUGGCGGAGGGGUGCGACAUCGCCGCCCCGCCCAUGCGCCGCAACGCGAACUUUGGCGCCGGCGCAAUCAUACCUACCUUGCCGAGCGGUCCCGCCGCCUUUGCCUUUUGAGGCGGACCCCCCCGCCCCCCCCCCCACUCGGGCCGCGCGCGACGGACCGGCGUCCGGCCGGCCUCCCCUUGUACACGGAGCCCCUUCGGUUCCUAGUUUUCCGGGCGCUGGGGCGCGGGGCGUCGGCCUGUGAGACCGCCCGGGUGGGCGCCUUUGCACUUCUGUGUCGCCGGUCUCUUGUGAGCAUGCACCUUCUCCGGCUGCGAGGGGGCGAGCGUGCUAGAGAAUAGAGUUUUGUGAUGGUACGAGAGCGAGCAUGUCGAUGAGC